AUGAGUGGCACAGACGCCCCCAAGAGCGCCUGUAACCUGUGCCGGCAUCGAAAGAUCCGCUGCGAUAGGGCGAAGCCUGCCUGUGAAAAUUGUCGGUUGGCUGGCGUGGCUUGCGUAUUCUCUCCAUUGCCUCAACGCAAAAGCCCCCGCGAACAGCUAGAAGAAGCCAAGGCUCAAAUCAAACAAUUAAAAGAAGCUCUGCGCCUGGAACGGGACGGGCAGCAUCGCUCUCAAUAUUCCACGCCUGCACCGACUCCAAUCAGUCUCUUCGAUCCAUGUGGGUUUGAGACCACGAUAGAUGCAUUUCGAUGGCAUCUUCAAUUUUGCACACCAGGGGUUGACCCCGAUAAGCGGUUGGAUUCGCUCUUUGAUUUUGACGCCUUUUCUUGCGGACUGAAACAGUCGCUCGAUUCACCACAGACGCCGGCUAAAGUGAUCACGCCGAAAUGGCCUUCUCGCCUGAUGAUGCAGCAGUCGCUCGAAUAUUUUGAAAACAAUAAGCUCUAUGCAAUCUUUCCGAUGGUGGAUACAGUGGCGUUGAAACGCAUACUGGAUACAGAGCUCGAUUCUGCGUCCCAGGCAUGUUUAACUGCUCUCACGGCAUUUAUCACUCGACUCCGUCGUCAUGAGCCUGCGUUUUCUGAGGCAGACUCUUGUGCUUACAUGCAAGCUGUACUUUCAAUGCUGCCUCAGCUGGUCAUGGAGCAUACCAACAUCCGGGUAUUAGAAGCCCUGAUGAUUCUUGCGUUAGAUCUAGCUCCUCAAGGCCAGCCACAGACUGCAGAGCUUUUAAUGUCCCUGGCCGUACGAAUCCUUUAUAAUCUCAAAGGCAACCUCACCAAUCCAAUGCACCUUAAUAGCCAGGCGUCCCUUGACCCCGAGCAAGUCCGACUUCAUCAUCAUCUCCGCGCUCUAUUCUGGGUCGUUUAUGCGAUCGACAAGGAAAUGUCUCUCCGAAGAUGCCAGCCACCAAUCAUCAACGACGCCGACUGCGAUCUAGAUCUGCCGGCCACCUACGUCUCCAUCAAAUCCGAUCACCAAUUCUUUCACUCCCCACUAUCCCUACAAGAACUCCUAUACCCCACAGAUCUCCGUCUCGCCGUGCUCAAAUCCAAAAUCUACCGUCUAUUAUAUUCGUCUUCAAGUCUAAGGCUGCCCGAAAGCACACGCCUCCAUUUAAUCCGCCAACUGGACGAGGAACUAGGCGAGUUAAAGUCUCAAUUUCCAGCCGUCUGCCAGCCAGACAUAUACGCAAAGGGCGAUGUGCCGGACUCGUUACUUCACGAUCUGAGUCUACGGGGUGUAAACACACACUUGGAAUAUUAUCAUUGUCUAUCCAAGAUUCAUGGAGCGUGUAUCAGCGGCAGCGGCUCAGCUAUGAGGAACUUGUCACCACCCUCUUCCAGUAUAGAGCUUUGUUAUCAAGCUUGUCGAUCGACACUCUUAUACAUAUGCCGAAUCUAUCAUCUUGUUAUGAAAGAAACAUUUUGGAUCUACGCGCAGUUUAUUUUCACUGCCGUCUUUGCAUUAUACCAGCGCAUCACUAUGAAUAAUUUCGGAUAUCCGGUUCAUGAGGAUCUUCGGCUUUUGGAAAAAGUUCAUGGGAUAUUUGUUAACCUUCGAGAUGCCGACGGGGGUGGCUUUCCACCGUUUGCCGUCUCUGAGGCACUUAUACGAAGCUUGGUUACCUCUGUCAAUGGUGGACAUGAAGAAAAUAGAUAA